AUGGAUUUCGCCCCCUCCUGUCUCUCUCGUCGUGUCUCUUCAUCUGCUCAGCCGGAGGAACGAGCUUCCUUCGGGGUCGAGCCUGGCGAAUGGCCUACAAAUCCCGCCGCGGCUGCAUCUGCCGGCGGCGGAGCUCCCUCGCUGGCGCAUCUCUGCGACCAAGAGGCGCAGACGCAGGCCUCGCUCCAGCGGCUGGCGGAGGAGCUCGCGGCGCUGCAGUCGCAGAAAGAGAGCUUGCGCGAGGUCUUAGCGACUCAGGAAGACACGUGGGCUCAAACCUCUGGAACUGCAGCGGCGACGUCGGCGCUGGCUUCUCCAGGUGACUCCGACGUCGCGGUGGAGGCCCUGGUGGCGGCUCAGGCGGCCGCAGACGAGGCGCAGGCGCUUCGUGAGGAGAUAAAGGGCUCGCUCGCCUCUAUUGAAGCGGCCGAAGAGGAGCUGGCGGCGGCGCUUGAGUUGACGAAGCAAACGCUGCUCGAAAUCAAGCGGGCGAGGCUCCUCCUCGAACUCGAGGGACCUCUAGCGCCGGGCUCCAAUUCAGACGCGGCGCCCACGGACGAGAGGACCAGCGGAGACGCAGGCGCGCGCGCCACAGAGGAUGGCUGUCUCCUGCGGCUCCGGCAGCCUGUGUGCGUCGGCACCAUUGUUGCAGCGCCAGUGAGGCGAGCCGCGCCCGAACUGUCUGUCGAAGAAGCUGGAGGCGGCGCCGGUGGCCGCCUCCCACGAGGCAAGCCAGGAAGCGCCAUCGUCCAGAUUCACGACAGCGACACUUCCUCUGCAAUGUCUCUUUCCGACAGCGACGACGACGCGGAGGAGGCCGCAGAGAAGGACGCGAAGGCGACGAGGGCACGCAAGCCGGAAGGGUGUCGGUGCAUCUUCCCGAUUGUUCACUUUGGGGGGAACGUGGAGUGGCGAGUCGGAGUCGUUCGCGGGCUGCUUCAGUGCCCCUCUGCGCGGCAGCCCUCUACGUUUCCCCCGCUGACCCCGGAUGCCUCUCAGCCGUCAGGAUCGCUCUCUUCAGCCUCUUCUGCAUCUUCCGCCUCUUCGGCCUCUGCUUCCUCCCCCGGCCUCAUGUCUCCUCUUGAGCACGAGCAAGAAACGUCUGUUUUCGAUUUCCUUCGCCCAGUGGCGGUCUGUGCCAAGUUGCGCCACCAGCAGCGCGAGCGUCUCCUUCCCUCUGCGCCCCGAGGCGCCUCGGCGGCCGCUUCUUCCCAUACGAGUGCGUCGUCCUCUUUUGCCCAGCAGCCGCCGUUGCAGCUCUAUUGCUCUUCGGCUGCGGCGUCUUCAGGCGAGUCUUCGGCACCGGCCCCUGAGGCGUCGGCGUCUUCGCGGUAUUGGGCUCUGGUGACGCUGCAGUGCCCUCUGUCUCCUCAGGAAGUCCCCUGUCAGCACCUCGUCGAGUUCCUUGAUCCCCACGCGUCUUGCCUGUCGUCGUUCGUCCGCGGCUUGGCUACGGCGGCUGGCAAGGAGGCCGCAGGCGCGCCGCGAGAAGGCCCAGCUCCAGGCGCCUUGGCCAGGGAGGCGCGCGAGCCUGCCGAAGCGGCCGUGGCUGCUCAGGUGGCGCGCGAGGCAGGUUUCGUGGUUUUAGGGAACGCCCACGUGGUCGCUGCGCGCCUGGCAAGCAGCGCCGCGAGCGCCAAAGUGUCUGCGCCCCCGCGGCUUGCAGCGGAGGACGAGGAAACGAGCGGCCGCGCGCAGCAUCGAGGCGGCGCGGCGGAAGAAGAAGCGGGCGCGCGGGGCGCGCGCGUCUGGGGGGGGGGCGAGGCAGCGUCUCCUGAAGCUGCCGGCGCACGGGCCGCGGAGGGAGGAGGCAGCCCCGCGUUGCAGGACGCUGAAGGUCCAAGCGGGCACUCGCCUUUCGUUAGAGGACAGGCCGUUUUCGUCCGCCCCGAGGGCUGCAGCACGUGGCGCAAAGCCCAACUGCUGCAAGCGCUCCGGAAGAGGCGACGGAGGGAUGCCGAUGAGCGCGCAGGCGAAAAACAGGCCGCCCCGGAGGGAGGAAGAGGCCAAUGGUCCGUGUAUGGACGCGUAGUUUUGGAGGAAGGAGACGCGCCGGAGAGCGCCGGGCGGAGACAGAGACUGCUCUGUCGCGCGAGCCGCAUCUGCCCGCGCGUGGCGGCGCAGGGCGGCCGCGGCGGCGGAAGACGAUCCCAGGAAACAGAAGUGAGAGACGACGCAGACGACGCCAUCCGAGCGCUAACGGAGGCCGAAACGAGCGGAGGGAAACUCAGGGACAGAAAAGGAGAGGGCGGAGACGCUGGUUGCGAUAGUGACGUCCUCACCGUUGACAGUUCUAGCUCAGGGGAGGAGGAGGAAGAGGAGUGCUCUUUCUCUAGUGAAGACGACGAAAUAGGUGAAAGGUGGCGCAAGCUCCGUCGUCUCGAGUUCAUGCUGGGAGUCGAGGCACGCGACCUCCGCGCUCGGUUUGCCGCGGCCUUUUCCUCUUCGAAGAAGGGCGGGAAAAGUGCUUCUGCCUCUCGCGCCUCGCCAUCUGCGGAGGCGUGUCCUUUGAGCAGCAGCUCUCAUUUCGGCUGCUGGAUGCUUUACACCAGCGGCGUCGGUCUGCGCCUCAUGCGCCGUUGGGGAUAUCGGCCGGGGGAGUGCCUAGGCCGCACUCAACGCUUGCAAAUGUCUCAACAGAGCGAGCGGGAGAAGAAAGCCAACGCGGAGGAAGGCCAGCGUCGCGCCGAAACAACUUGCGCGUCGUCGCCCGCUGGCGAGUUGGGGUGCGAGUGGGAGACCGGCGGCCGCCCGCGAGAAGACGACGCAGGGGCUGUUGUCGGUGCAGGCCUAGCAGGGGACGAGCCGCUUGUUUCUUUGCCGCCGCUGCUGAACCCUCUCGGUUUCAGAGUGCUGCCUCCGCGCCUCUCGCUGGAUUACAUCAGCGAUCCUGCGGCGGCGCGCUGUCGCAAGAAGCGCGGCGCGCGCGGAGAAGACGGGGCUUCUGAGGCAGGUUCUUGGCAGUACGCGGAAGGCGCGCUGCUCCCUUCGUUCUGUGACCCCUCUGCAGCGCGAGCCGCGGCGCGCGCGGAAGCGGCGGCGAACGAAGGCGCGUUUGGGCUGAUCAACCGCAUUUACUCGAGUGGAUUCGCAAGCGUCGUCAGCAGCGAAGCGGGAGGCGGCCGCCAGGCAAACAACAAGAAAGACCGCAGGGGACGGCAGGCGACGUCGAGGGGCGGGGCUGACGCCGAAGAGGAGGAGUGCGUGGAGAGAACUUUGGCGCCGGUGGAGCUCGAGGAGAGACGCCGCAGAGAAGAGGAAGCAGAGCAUCAGCGGAGGCUGCAGGAACUGAGAAGGAACAAGAGCCUCGGAGAGAAGGCGCUUCGCAAGCAGCUCUUCGACCUCCAGCAGAGACAGAAGGCCUUACACAAGGAAAUUGGAGCUGCAACGGCGAACCAAAGAAGACACGUAGAAGGCGGCAAAGUUCGAGGCGGGCUAGAGUCCUUCGCGGGGUACUACGGAGGCAUCGCCGCCGCGAAAGAAAACCAACUCAGGCGCAUGAAGGAAGAAGAAAAUGUGCUGGUAAAGCUCAUCAGCGAUAAAGGAAAAGAGAAAAAGCUCAAGGUGUUUUGA